UACAAUUUCUCCUCCCGUCUCCUCCCCCUCCUUCUCCCGUCCUCCUCAUCUCUCCUCUUCUUCGUAGGCUCUAAUCCCCCGAAGAUUAGCUCUGAUAUACAUCCAAACAGUUGAGGAUUAGUACAAGGGUUUGGUACCGGCAAUUGGUGGUGGGGUGGCCGGAGGAAUCGCCGCCGAAUUGUUUGGUCGAGCAAAUGAUGAUGGCGAACCCGAAGCUCCAGAAACAGGCGCUGCUGCCUCCUCGCAGCCCUUUCCCGACGGUGGCGUCGCCGUACGCGGACCACGGCCCGAUCUCCAGGCCACAGGGUGCCGCGCACCACCGCUUCGGGCAUGGCCACGGCCAUGGGCACCACCAGCGCACCUCGUCUGAGAGCAUCAUUGAGGAGCAGCCGUCGUGGCUCGACGACCUCCUCGACGAGCCCGAGACACCUGUGCGCCGUGCCGGGCACCGCAGGUCGUCGAGCGACUCAUUUGCACUGUUUGAUGGAAGUGCUGCAUCUGGCUCAUUUGCCAAUAGUUUCGAGGAGAUGGGCGGAGGAGGGCAGGCUGCGCCAUGGGGCGGCGUGCAGGAGUACUAUGCCAAGCCAACCUCAUAUGUGAGGCCCCAGGGCCGGCCGUGGGAGCAAGGCAUGCCGAAUUUGGCAGGUUACAGGCCAGGCCCGCCGAUGCCGGUGAGGGAGAAAGUUGGUGGGCAUCACGGGCCACCAAGUGGGUUGAGGGAUCAUGAGCAUGCCAUGGACAAAAGAGCUCUUGAUGAACUCGGGAUAGAGAGGAAGGAGGGUGUGCUGCCAAAGUACGCACAGUCGGAAGCGGACACCAAGCGUGCUAAACAGCAAUAUGCGCAGAGGUCUCGUGUUCGGAAGCUCCAGUAUAUUGCAGAGCUUGAGGGUAAAGUCCAAUCAUUACAGUCAGAAGGGAUAGAAGUGUCUGCUGAAAUGGAGUUUCUUAAUCAACAAAAUAUAAUGCUAGACUUGGAAAAUAAAGCCUUGAAGCAAAGGUUGGAGAGUAUAGCUCAGGAGCAAGUAAUUAAACGUGUUCAACAGGAAAUGUUUGAGCGGGAAAUUGGCCGUCUCAGGUCGUUGUAUCAGCAGCAGCAACAGCCACCGCAACCUGGUACUCUUGGUCGUAGUAACAGUAGAGACCUUGACUCGCAGUUUGCGAACAUGUCUUUGAAACACAAAGACACCAACUCUGGGCGCGAUACCAUCUCUGGCCCUCUUCGUACUUAGUUGUUUCAGCCUUUUGUUCUUGCGUGUUCCGCAUCAGUUGCCACCACUCCCUAGACCACCUGUCUGGUGGCUGUGAAUCUGCACCAAGAAUCCUUAAAGAAAAAAGCAUCAGGAAAGGAGGAGCACACUUGGAAUCGUGUCCCUGUCACUUGGUGAAUAACUCUGGAAAGGCUAUAACCGUGGAUCUGAUCUUUCAUUCUUUGGGAAUAUGCACCUGGCGGUCAUCCUCAACUCACUGCGAUUGUUGAUGCUCGACCAGUCGGAGGUGUUUAGGGUUUUCUUUGUAGUCGGAUGCUUUUCAUGCAUCGUUGUACCAUUUCGGAUCCUAGGGUUCUCAUUUGUUCCCGUGGUCUUGUUUCUCUAUGCCGUCUUCUUCGUGCAUCUUAGCUUUUAUUUGCAUUUAGUCCGCUUUGUCAACGGAAUGUGGAGCACUAGUCAGUAUCUGAUACAGAUGCUUUAAAAUGUGCCACAUCCUGACAUCUUUCAGAAUUGUAUGUUGCAUAGUUGGUAAUUCAAUAAGCUAUUUGCAGACUGAUGUUCAAA